AAAUAAGAUGAUCGCCAUCUUGUAUGGUUGUCUUGACACUCGCAGCGAAGUUUUCUCUACAUAAAUCUUCGUCAAUCUUCUUUCAAGACUGAAAGCAGCGGUCGUAGAAAUAGCAAAAUCAAUCUCUAUGAAGGCAUUGUGAGCGUCUGAGCCCUACCAUCACUGCAUAGAUUGUUAAAAACAUGGGCUGUGGAUCAUCGCAAGUUGUCGCGCCUGAACAGAACGCCAUUCGUAAUGGUGACGUGAAGAGAGAAUCACCCCGACCAAAUGAACAAGAGCAUCAACCACAACCUGAGGUGAUACGACAAGAAACUCCUAAAGAAAAGAGGAAAGAUUCAGCGAAAUCAAGUAGUAGCAGCUCAAGUAGUAGCAGCUCAAGUAGUGCAAAAUCCAAGAAAAGUCGUCCUGAAACUGCACCGGGUGGAGAUGCGCCGGCUCAAAUCGAAAACCAGCAACCUGCGCAAGAAACAGAAGCUCCUCAAUCAAAUAACAACAAAGACAGUGAAGGGCCAGUGGUUGUAACAACAGUAGUAGCUGAUGAAGUUGAGAAGGUCGAAGAGGCUCCAGAUGAAACGACGACUCAAGGUGAAGGCAACACUGAAGGAAACGAAAAACCAGCAGAGGAGCAAGAACGCGAGAAGCCGAAUUUCAGCGAGGACGUGUUGAGAGAGUUCGUGGAGGUAGAAAAUCAAAUACAGACCUUGGAAGGAAAGGGCGCUGAGAAUGAAUAUCCAAUUAAACAUGCGCGGCUUGUGGAAUUGUACAAAAAACUUUCCGAGAAUACUGUGAAAGUUCAACAGCUCAAGGCUCAAACUGCCAAAGAGUACCAGGAUGUGGUAGAUGUGAGUGCAGCAUACAAUGUGCGGUCUUUCUUUGUCAGUGCUGAUCAACUAAAUGCAGAGGUAGCUAAAGAACGGAGCGAGUAUGUGGAAGCUUUAAAUAAGCAAGAAAUUGCUGAGCAAGAACUUGAAAGCCUGAAACAACAAUAUCAGAAACUGUAUAAUGAAGUAGUAUCUGCAAAGAAGGAUCAAGAUGAGCUACAGAGCUUGAGAAAUAAAGAAGAAGAGUUGUUGGGCCGCAUUUUCAAUGAUUCUUAUGGUAGUGACAAGGAAUGGAAGUUAGAAAUGGAGCUUGAAUUACUGGCAGAAAGAAAAACAAGAAUCAGUGCUGCAAAUACUCGCUGGCAUGGUGCCAGUGUAUAUCUUACUCAUGCUACAAAGCAACUCAGUUGGAGUGCCCGGCGCUGGGCACAGAUUUCAUCGCAUAAUGUUACACUUCCAGUGGUCAAAUAUACAAUGGUUGCAGAAACAAGAAAUCACAUUAUUGCAGCAAUUCAAAACAUCUCUAGUGCUUAUGGGAGCCUCAAACCAGUGACUGCUCCUUACUGCACUCCAGAAGACCUGGAGGUUUUGAAGGCCAUUACAAACUCAAUUUUCAAUGAUGUCAAUGUGCCAGCAAGUUAUCAGAAGACAUAUAAUGUGCUUUGUGUAAUCUUCUCCAAAUGUUCAAGCCUUCUUCAAUGGGUUAAUCGUGUUGUUGAGGAAACCAUCUCUAAAGACUUAGCUGAAGUGAAGAAGGAAUUCCAUGAAAAGUACUAUGAACUGAAAGAGGAAAGAAUGAAUCUGAUUAAAAGUAAAGUGAAGGAAAAACUUGGAGUUGAACUGGAGAUGGAAGUAAAGAGAGAUGAAUUCAUAGGUGAUGACUCCUCUGCUGAAGAAGCUGACAUUGCCAAACCAGGAGCAGUUGCCAAAGAAGAGGGAGAUGAUCAGGCUCCUGAGCCAGAGGAUAAAGAAGGGUUACCUGCAGAGGCUCCACCCUCUGGAGAUGGGGAGGCACCAGCUGAGGCAGAAGCUGGGGAAGACAGUGCUGAUGCCCCGCCCAAACCUGUGCCUUUGUCUGAACUUGCUCCUCCUCCAAACCAAGAAGAUCUCUUUGGUAACAUUGAUCAACUAAAGAAACAACACGAAGAGGAGCUGGCAGAGUUCGAGAAGCAGCAAGAAUUAAACAAGACUCGUGUAGAGCAAGGCUUGCAGGAGAAGCUGAGAGCGCGGCGAAGCAGGAGGCGUAAGAUGCAGGCUCAAGAGGCUGAAGCAAGUGCACUCUCUGGAGGGGAAGGUAGCAGUGAGCCUCCGCCACCUUCAGAAAUGGGACUCUAACUCUAAGUAAAUGAGACCUUUUCUUGCCUGUUGUUUUUUGCUUGACUCUUUGCUUGUAGAAAGACAUAUUGAUCCUACGGUAGUCAAGCUUUUAGAUUUGGAUUCCUUUGCAACACUGACUAAAGAUGAACCUCAGUUCACAACCGCGUGAUUCACUGAUGUUUCUUGCUGAUAUUGAUGGAAAGGAAUGAGUAAGCGUCAUAAGUGGUUUGUGGCAGUACUAUUAAGAACAACUCUGCCCAUUUUUAGAUCACUCCCUCUUUUUAAUGGAAAAGGGCGGGACGUUGUCUCAAUUUGGUCAGAUUUGCGGUCGAGUGUUUGCGAGCUGAGGUCCAUACGCAUAUCCAUAUUUUUUGAAAUGUAAAAACUCGCAAAAUUAUCUAUUUGAUCUUGCCCAGUCUGCACAUGUAGUACAUAAUUUAAUCACGUAGACAUUGUAAGCGCAUCCUGCUCUCAGUUGAUUGAACUGCAAUUUUCCCUGCACAGGGUUAAGUAUCAAGUGUAUUUUUUGAGCCGUACUGCCUACCUUAAAGAGGUAUUGAAUUUGUUGAUGGUGUUCUGUUGUGUUGUGGGAUAUCAUAAACACAGAGUUUCUUCACAGCGAUUGCAACUGGGCAUUUGCUUAAUUUUUGCAACUAUGAAGCGAUUCAAGGAAUAAAUAAUAUAUACCUUAUUUUUUGUUGAAGGUUUCAGGAGAUAAUGAUCUUUCAUUCCGACACGUACACAUUUUACCAGUAAAGCUAGGGCUAGAUGCAUUCUUUGAAGUUUACAUCGCCUGAAAGAGAGAAAGAAAAAUAAUGUGAACAAUCAUUGAGAAAAUAUUUCCAUUAUGUGGAAAGGAUGUUUUUCAUAUUUUUCUACAGGAAUUAUUUAUGUAAAGCCAGGAUAUGACUCUUUCUUAAAUUUUUUCAAUUUAUUUUCUUGUUUUUUUCACUGAAAACUAGAUGUACCUGGAUUAGUGCAUUUAACUGAAAAAUUAAGGUUAGCAUUUAGAAUUUGGCAAAUUAGAGUUGACUCUAAUUUUAAACACAUAUGGUCGUUGAUUUGCUAUUGUUUUUACCGAAUUGGAAUGAAGUGAAGCGCACGCUUAUAAGUGGUCAUUUUGUGUUUUAUCGUAUUCGAGUGUUGAUUGUAGAUGGUUUUUAAAGGUUUCAUUCAGGUCUUACCUUGAAAGUAGUCCGAGUGGUCGAGUGUAAUCUAACUUGUCCCGUUUGUGGGACUGAGAUAAAAUGUAGUUCGGUGACGUGAAGGUGUUAAUCAUUUUCAAAGAUUGUAAUUUAGACAUCUGAAAGAUUAGAUUGUUGUAGAUUUGUAAAAUACUUGUAACGCGUACAUACGCAUGCACCUUCGGUGGCUUGUUGUUAAGUUCAAGGUCAUCAUGUAUUUAUUUGGAUCUUUCGAGAAAGAAUAAAAAGUUCAAUGGAA